UUGUAUGCCUGCGUGCUCUCUGAACGGUUCGAAUUUAGGAAAGGCUGUCUUCUGUGGCAAAAUGUAGACAAAAAUCUCAGUUUGCCCCAAAGGAGCCAGUCACCCCAACAUUAUGCAGAUUGCGUGACAUCACUCACUGUUAAAGAUACCGCUCGAAUGUAAGCAAGCAAGCGCAAGACUCGUGCUAAUUAUUCAAAAUGCCGGCGGAUUGUUUCAUUCGGGUUUUCUAUUCUAUUUGACUGCCAAAACUUACAUUUUAACUCAAGUUGAAUGUUAUCGUAAUUUGGCACCGCUAAGCGCCAUCCUCUGUGUCACAUGCACUGAGGGUCCUAUUGUGGCGCCGGAGCUUGCUGAGGAAGGCUGUAUCCGAAACAAUAGAGCGAAACACGGUGCUGUUCAUUGCAGAAGCAGAAGACACAGAGCAAGGACUGAGGAACGGUGCCACUACCAGCAACUCAAGAACAUGGAGAUGCCCGUGCACUGAUGCUCUUUUUCACCUUCAACACUAUUCACUGGAUAUAUUGCUUUCACUGUUCAGUUCUGAGAACCUCAAGGAAAGAAGAUGAAUUCCGCAGAAGCUGCCGAGGAGGGACCCAAUGACUCUGAUACGGAUGCUUUCUUCAAAACAGGGUCUUUCAGGAGUGAGGGGAUUAAGGCGUCUGAUGUGCUGCCUGUGCUGAAAGAAAAAGUGGCCUUUGUGUCAGGGGGUCGGGACAAGAGAGGCGGCCCCAUCUUGACGUUUCCUGCCAGAAGUAACCACGACAGAAUAAAACAGGAGGAUCUGCGCAGACUGGUCACCUACCUGUCCACUGUGCCCAGUGAGGAUGUGUGCAAGCGGGGCUUCACGGUGAUCAUUGACAUGCGCGGUUCCAAGUGGGACUCUAUCAAGCCGCUGCUGAAGACUCUACAGGAAGCCUUCCCCGCCGAGAUCUGCGUGGCCCUCAUCAUCAAGCCCGACAACUUCUGGCAGAAGCAGAAGACCAACUUUGGCAGCGCCAAGUUUACCUUUGAGACUAGCAUGGUGUCAGUGGAGGGGCUGACUAAGCUAGUGGACCCGUCUCAGCUGACGGAGGACUUUGAGGGCUCGCUGGACUACAACCACGAGGAGUGGAUGGACCUGCGCAUGGCUCUGGAGGAGUUCAUGGGGAGCGCAGUGCACCUCCUCUCACGCCUGGAGGACCUGCAGGAGCUCCUGGCCAAGAAAGAGUUCCCUGUGGAUGUGGAGGGCUCCCGCCGGCUAAUCGAUGAACACACACAGCUGAAGAAGAAGGUGAUGAAGGCGCCGGUGGACGAGCUGGACCGCGAGGGCCAGCGGCUGCUGCAGUGCAUCCGCUCCAGCGACGGCUUCUCGGGCCGCAACUGCAUCUCGGGCAGCGCCGACUUCCAGAGCGUGGUGCCCAAGAUCGCCAGCCUGCUGGACAAGCUGCACUCCACGCGCCAACACCUGCACCAGAUGUGGCACAUGCGCAAGCUCAAGCUGGACCAGUGCUUCCAGCUCAGGCUGUUCGAGCAGGACGCUGAGAAGAUGUUUGACUGGAUCAGCCACAACAAGGAGUUGUUCCUCCAGAGCCACACGGAGAUUGGAGUGAGCUACCAGCACGCUGUUGACCUGCAGACCCAACACAAUCACUUUGCCAUGAAUUCCAUGAAUGCCUACGUCAACAUCAACCGCAUCAUGUCGGUGGCGUCGCGGCUGUCGGAGGCGGGCCACUACGCCUCCCAGCAGAUCAAGCAGAUCUCCGCCCAGCUGGACCAGGAGUGGAAGAGCUUCGCCGCCGCGCUGGACGAACGCAGCACCAUCCUGGCCAUGUCGGCCGUGUUUCACCAAAAAUCUGAACAGUUCUUGGCGGGCGUGGAGACCUGGUGUAAGGUGUGCAGUGAGGGGGGCCUGCCCUCGGGCAUGCAGGACCUGGAGCUGGCCAUACACCACCACCAGACCCUCUACGAGCAGGUCACACAGGCCUACACCGAGGUCAGCCAGGAUGGCAAGGCUCUACUGGACGUCCUACAGCGCCCCCUGAGCCCUGGGGAUGCGGAGUCCCUGACGGCGCAGGCCAACUACUCCAAGGCGGUGCACUGCAUCCUGGACGUGGUGCACGAGGUGCUGCACCACCAGCGCCGCCUGGAGAGCCUCUGGCAGCACCGCAAGGUCCGCCUGCACCAGCGCCUCCAGCUCUGCGUCUUUCAACAGGACGUGCAGCAGGUGUUGGACUGGAUUGAAAACCAUGGCGAAGCGUUCCUCAGUAAACACACCGGCGUGGGCAAGUCUCUCCAUCGCGCUCGAGCCCUGCAGAAACGCCACGACGACUUUGAAGAAGUGGCCCAGAACACGUACACCAACGCGGACAAGCUCCUGGAGGCGGCGGAGCAGCUGGCCCAGACGGGCGAGUGCGACCCGGAGGAGAUCUACAAGGCGGCGCGGCACCUGGAGGUGCGCAUCCAGGACUUCGUCAGGAGGGUGGAGCAGAGGAAGCUGCUGCUAGACAUGUCCGUCUCCUUCCACACGCACACCAAGGAGUUAUGGACGUGGAUGGAGGACCUCCAAAAGGAGCUGUUGGAGGAGGUGUGUUCGGACUCGGUGGACUCGGUGCAGGAGCUCAUAAAGCAGUUCCAGCAGCAGCAGACAGCCACCCUGGAGGCCACCCUUAAUGUCAUCAAGGAGGGGGAGGACCUGAUACAGCAGCUCAGGGACUCGGCCAUGACCAGUAACAAGAUGCCCCAUAACAGCUCCAUCGCCCACAUCGAGAGCGUGCUGCAGCAGCUGGACGAGGCGCAGGGGCAGAUGGAGGAGCUCUUCCACGAGAGGAAGAUCAAACUGGACAUCUUCCUACAGCUGAGAAUCUUCGAGCAGUACACCAUCGAGGUGACGGCGGAGCUGGAUGCGUGGAACGAGGACCUGUUGCGCCAGGCGAGUGACGUGGGGGGAGAGGAGCUGGUGCAGGUGGAGCAGCGCCUACAGAGGCACGCGGAGAGGAAGCUGGCCAUGAACAACAUGACCUUCGAGGUCAUGCAGCAGGGACAAGACCUCCACCAGUACAUCAUGGAGGUGCAGGCUUCAGGCAUCGAGCUGACGGGGGAGAAGGAGGUGGACCUGGCCACGCAGGUGCAGGAGCUGCUGGAGUUCCUGCACGAGAAGCAGCAGGAGCUGGACCUCAGCGCCGACCAGACCCACAAGAGGCUGGAGCAGGUGCUGCAGCUACGCCACCUGCAGGCCGAAGUCAAGCAGGUCCUGGGCUGGAUUCGUAAUGGCGAGUCGAUGCUGAACGCCAGCGUGGUGAACGCCAGCUCCCUGUCAGAGGCAGAGCAACUGCAGAGGGAGCAUGAACAGUUCCAGCUGGCUAUUGAGUCGCUGUUCCACGCCAACUCGCUGCAGAAGACGCACCAGAGCGCGCUGCAGGUGCAGCAGAAAGCGGAGCUGAUGAUGCAGGCGGGCCACUACGACCCCGAUGCCAUCCGCGGCUGUGCCGAGAAGGUGGCCGUGCACUGGCAGCAGCUCAUGCUCAAGAUGGAGGACCGCCUCAAGCUCGUCAACGCCUCCGUGGCCUUCUACAAGACCUCCGAACAGGUGUGCAGCGUGCUGGAGAGCCUGGAGCAGGAGUAUCGGCGUGAUGAGGACUGGUGCGGCGGCCACGACAAGCUGGGCCCACAGGCCGAGUCCGACCACGUCGUACCCCUCAUCAGCAAACACCUGGAGCAGAAGGAGGCCUUCCUCAAGGCCUGCACCUUGGCCCGCCGGAACGCAGAGGUCUUCCUCAAGUACAUCCACAGGAACAACGUGAGCAUGCCGGGGCCUACCAGUCACGCCCGAGCACCGGAGCAACAGGUCAAAGCCAUCCUGAACGAGCUGCUUCAGAGGGAGAACCGCGUGUUACACUUCUGGACGCUGAAGAAGAGGCGCCUGGACCAGUGUCAGCAGUACGUGGUGUUUGAGCGCAGCACCAAACAGGCGCUUGACUGGAUCCAGGAGAGCGGAGAGUACUUCCUGACUACCCACAAUACCCCUGCUGACACGCCGCAGAGGAAUCAAGAACUGCUCAAGGAGUACGAGGAAUUCCGAAUAUCCGCCAAGCAAACCAAGGACAAGGUGAAGCUGCUGAUCCAGCUGGCGGACAGCUUCGUGGAGAAGGGCCACGUGCACGUGACCGAGCUGAAGAAGUGGGUGAGCACGGUGGACAGGCGUUACCGGGACUUCUCCCUGCGCAUGGGGAAGUACCGCGGCAGCCUGGAGGAGGCCCUGGGCAUCAACGCAGAGGAUAACAAGGAGCUGGAGCUGGAUAUUAUUCCUGCCAGCCUCACGGACCAGGAGGAGGUGAAACUGCGCGACCCCAACCACGAGGUCAACGAGGAAAAGAGGAAAUCCGCCCGCAAGAAAGAGUUCAUCAUGUCAGAACUCCUUCAGACUGAGAAGGCCUACGUCAGGGAUUUGCACGAAUGUUUAGAAACUUACCACUGGGAGAUGACGAGCGGCGUGGAAGAGAUCCCACCUGGCAUCGUCAAUAAGGAGCACAUCGUCUUUGGGAAUAUUCAGGAGAUCUAUGAUUUCCAUAGCAAUAUUUUCCUGAAGGAGCUGGUGAAUUACGAACAGCUGCCUGAGGACGUGGGCCAUUGUUUUGUCACGUGGGCUGACAAGUUUAAUAUGUAUGUCAGUUACUGUAAAAAUAAACCUGAUUCAAGUCAACUCAUCCUGGAGCAUGCUGGAAGCUUCUUUGACGAGAUCCAGCAGAGGCAUGGGAUGGCCAACAACAUCUCCUCCUACCUUAUCAAACCUGUGCAGAGGAUCACCAAGUACCAGCUGCUCCUGAAGGAGCUGCUGUCGUGUUGUGAGGAGGGUAAGGGGGAGAUCAAGGACGGCCUGGAGGUCAUGCUGAGUGUCCCCAGGAGGGCCAACGAUGCCAUGCACGUCAGCAUGCUGGAAGGGUUCGAUGAGAAUCUGGACGUGCAGGGGGAGCUGAUUCUUCAGGACACCUUCCAGGUGUGGGACCCCAAGUCCCUGAUCCGCAAGGGCCGCGACCGCCACCUCUUCCUCUUCGAGAUGGCCCUGGUCUUCAGCAAGGAGAUCAAGGACUCGGCCGGGCGCACUAAGUACCUCUACAAGAACAAGCUGCUGACCUCGGAGCUGGGCGUGACAGAGCACAUAGAGGGAGACCCCUGCAAAUUUGCCCUGUGGGCAGGAAGAACCCCAUCUUCUGAUAACAAGACCGUCCUGAAGGCGUCCAGUAUCGAGGCCAAGCAGGAGUGGAUCAAGAACAUCCGGGAGGUGAUCCAGGAGAGGACGGUUCACCUGAAGGGGGCGCUCAAGGAGCCCCUGCACAUGCCCAAAACCCCUGCCAAGCCACGCAACAACAGCAAGAGGGAUGGAGGAGACGAUGCGGACAGCCAGGGGGAUGGCAGCAGUCAACCCGAUACCAUCUCUAUUGCGUCCCGCACCUCACAGAACACCAUGGACAGUGACAAGCUCUCCGGAGGCUGCGAGCUGACCGUGGUCCUACAGGACUACGCGGCGAGCUGCGCCAGCGAGAUGAGCAUCGCGACGGGCCAGACCGUGGAGCUCCUGGAGAGGCCGAGUGACCGUCCCGGCUGGUGCCUGGUGCGCACCACCGACCGCACCCCGCCACUAGAGGGCCUGGUGCCCAGCAGUGCGCUCUGCAUCUCGCACUCGCGCAGCAGCGUGGAGAUGGAGUGCUUCUUCCCGGCCGGCAAAGAGAACUACUCGGUGUCGGAGUCGGGCGGCAAGACGGAGUCGGUGGCGACGCUGCAGCCGCAGCCGUCCCUCAGCUCCAUGCACAGCAGCUCGCCGGGCACGGGCCCCAAGCGCUCCGGCAACACGCUGAAGAAGUGGCUCACCAGCCCCGUGCGCCGCCUCAGCCACGGCAGCAACGUCAAGAAGCAGAUGCCCAACAACAAGAAGAAGCGCGACGGCGGCCGCAAGAGCAUCGACCUGGGACCGCCAGAGCUGCAGGACGAGGAGAGGAAAGAAGAGCUGCCCAAGGCCAUGCAGAGCGGCGGCGAGGAGGAGCCUGAGGACGAGCCUCACGUAGCCCUGCCCCCGCCCAUGGAGAUCAUCAAGGACCCCUCAGCCCAGGAGGAGAAGUCUGCCUCUCUGCUUGCCGCGCGCCAGGGUUCCACAGAGAUCCCCAGCGCUGCUGAGCUAGUCAGUGCUAUAGAGAAACUGGUCAAAACCAAGAUGACCCUGGAGCCAGGUGCCUAUCCAGGUUUCAACUCUGUGACCCCCCCUGAGCAGCCCACCCCCACGCAGCCUCGGAACCCCGAGUUGGAGCAAAAAGCCAAAGCUAUGCGGGGACGCAUGUUUGUCCUGAAUGAACUGAUACAGACCGAAAAGGACUAUGUGAAAGAUUUGGGUACCGUGGUUGAGGGCUUCAUGAAGACGAUAGAGGAUAAAGGCGUCCCUGACGAUAUGAAGGGGAAGGACAAGAUUGUCUUCGGGAACAUCCAUCAGAUCUACGACUGGCACAGAGAAUUUUUUGUGGGUGAACUGGAGAAAUGUCUGGAAGACCAUGAAAAGCUGCCAGAACUCUUCAUCAAACAUGAAAGGAGAUUACACAUGUACGUGAUCUACUGCCAAAACAAACCCAAGUCAGAAUUCAUAGUUGCAGAAUACGACUCUUUCUUUGAGGGUAUUCAGCAGGAAAUCAGUUCGAGGCUUUCAAUUAGUGACUUUCUGAUCAAGCCCAUUCAGAGAAUCACAAAAUACCAGCUGCUACUGAAGGACUUUCUGAAGUACAGUUCCAAGGCUGGAAUAGAAUGUGAAGACAUUGAGAAAGCCGUCGGCUUGAUGUCUCAAGUACCGAAGCUCUGCAACGACAUGAUGAACUUGGGCAGGCUGCAGGGUUACGAGGGGAAACUCACCAGCCAGGGCAAGCUGCUGCAGCAGGAGACCUUCUUUGUGACAGAGCAAGACUCGGGCGUGCUGUCCCGCAGCAAAGAGCGCCGGGUCUUCCUCUUUGAGCAGAUUGUCAUCUUCAGUGAACUCCUCCGUAAGGGAUCGUCCACCCCGGGAUACCAGUUCAAAAAGAGCAUCAAGGUCAGCUACUUGGGACUGGAGGAGCAUGUGGACAACGACCCCUGCAAGUUCGUGCUGACGAGUCGAGGGUCAUCCGAGCGCUUCACGCUGCAGGCUGCCAACGUGGACAUCAAGCAGGUCUGGGUGCAGCACAUCACGGACCUCCUAGACGCCCAGAGCAACUUCCUCUCCGCCCUCCAGUCCCCCAUCGAGUACCAGAAGGAGAGGGGUGGGUCCGGGUCCGGGUCCGGGUUAGGGUCUGGGUCGCACUCCCUGACCAGGAACUCUACGUCCAGCCGUCCGUUGUCGCAGCAGCCGAGCCGACCCAGCUCCACCACCAUGGACAAGCCCCCUCUCUCGGGAAGGACCAGCUCUCUCAAAAUGUCUACCUCCAACGGCAGUCCUGGCUUCGACCCCCAGAAACACUCCGAACGCUUUGACUCCACCAGGCAGCAUCACGACGGCGUGGGAUGUAACGGAGUGUCGUCCACCAUGAUGGUCACGCAGGACUACAGUGCACUGAAGGAGAAUGAGAUCUGCGUGAGCCAGGGCGAGACGGUGCAGGUGCUGGCCACCAACCAGCAGAACAUGUAUCUGGUGUACCGCGCGGCCAACAGCCAGUCCCCCGCCGCAGAGGGCUGGCUCCCAGGACACAUCCUGGGGCCCCUCAAUAAGACACUCAUAGACAGUGUUGACGGAAAUAUCAAGUAAGUGUCGCACAGCAACACCAAUGCACCAACCCCACUGGAAGCUCUGGCUGGCUGGUUAGAGCCAGGUCUGUGACAGAGGUACAGGGAUCCACCCUUCUUAUAAACGGAACUAACUUGGAAUAUGUUCGGACGGAGGGCGGAAGUCUAACUCCGAGUUACUUUUUUGUGUUUUUUUGUUUUUUUCGUCAUCGUUUUUUUGUUCAGUAGUUUAAAAAAAAGUCAUUGCAGAAACACAUGGACAGAGCGAAUGAACUUUUAUAGGUAUCUCAUUUUCUUACUGUAGCAAGAAGAUGAUCUUGAGAGAAUCUCUUACAUCAAUGUGGAACUCACUGGUCUGGACUUUUUAUUUCUGUUUCUAACACCGUUAUGUUUCCUUUGUGAAUUUUUUGAAGAAAAAAGGCCUUUUGAUGGACAGAAGUUUAUUUCUCCACGUGGAGGAAGUUUAUGUUAUUGUCUGUGGCAAUUUGUACAGGUUGGGUUUUUGUUGUUGUUUUAAUGUUAUUCUUUUGAGACGUUAAUUUCAGUUUUAUUUUGAUUUGAUUGGUUAUCUUGAUAUGUUGGCCGAUUAACUGUACAUAGAACUCCAUUUGUUUACUGAUACUCUUUCCGUACAUUCCUGUAUAAAAGUCUUUUGCACUAUUUAAGAGGAUCCAUAUUAAAUGAAGUCAGGUUGUGCAAUAUAAUUAUAGUCACAAUGUUCAGCAUUGUACUUGUAGUGUAACUAAUAAUUUUAAAUGUAUUAUUUUAAAUAUGUAAAAAAUAAAUUUUUGACAUGAGCAUGACUUAACAAAGCCAAGAAAAUUCAGCGUUAUGUUUUGCUUUAGGGCGAUCCGAAUUGCAUUGUUUGUCCAGGAAAAAUAAAUAAAUAGAAGUUGCCAAACAGUAUUUUUCUAGAUUAUUGCCAUCAGUCGAAAUUCUAAUUAUGGUACUGUGGGCCAGACUCCCCUUAUCAAAUCAAGAUAUUGUACUGUUAAACCAUCUGUCUAUUAACUAUAGAUUUUAUGGAACUGCAUUCCAUAAAAUGUAGAGAUUCACAAUUUCAUGAAGUUCAUUUCAUGAAUUAUGAAUCAGUAUCCAUUCCUGUUGGCUUUCUGGGAUAGGAUUGAAUCUGAGCAUUACAAGAAUGAUUUAGUGCCAGUACUGUCUUUGACAAUCCAUUGAAUUAAACAACUCCUUUUCAAUAGCACUCCAUGUUUCUGCACUUUUAUGAUUUCCUUAUGCUUCUGUUCGUUUUUAAAGUUUUGUUGUAGUUUGUAGGCUUUUGUAUUAUUUUCUACUAACACUGUCGGUCCGAAACAGAUUACAUUUGUGUUCAAAGCACUUCCACAAUCAAUUCGUUAUGUCCUUAUUUCUCCUUCUGUAAACCAUAAGAGGGGCCUUUGACACCCUUGUUGCUUUGACACAAAUAUAUCCACUGUGGUGUAAGACUUUAUGCUAAAGGCUUUAAACAAGGCAUCAUUACUGAAUGUGUGAAUGCUGAGGGGAUGAUAGAUCCCUGGAGAGUCAGUAAACAUGGUUGUGUUAAUUGUAAUAUUGUAUAAAUAUGUUUUUGUGUGCUAUACGAUAAAACAAAUCUCUCAGAUUUGUAGGCAAAGUUAGGUGCUGAAGGAAUGCUUGUGCUAUUCUGUCAAUAAAAAUUGUUAACGUCUCUU